AUGCCCAUCCAGAUUUUCUGCUCCGUGUCCUUCUCCUCCGGUGAGGACCCAGGGUCUGUAAGGGACAGCUGGGGUCCCAAUCAUCAGCAGCAAGAAGAGUCUGAAUCUGAGUCAGAAGAGGAAGAGGAGGAGGAGGAGGAAGAGGAAGAGGCAAAGGAGGAAGAGAAAGGUUUAGCAAUGGACUUGGUGGCUUUUGCCAAUAGCUGCACCCUCCAUGGUGCCAGCCAUGUUUUUGUAUCAGGAGGCUUAGGGCCACGCCAGUUGUUAUGGGCUGUGGCCUUUGCCCUGGCACUGGGUACCUUUCUGUACCAGGUUGGGGAUCGGGUGACCUAUUACAGAAGCUACCCACAUGUGACGUUACUGGAUGAGGUGACCACUUCUGAGCUAGCCUUUCCAGCUGUCACCCUUUGCAACACUAAUGCUGUGCGGCUGUCCCAGCUCAGCUAUCCUGACCUUCUCUACCUGGCUCCACUGCUUGGGCUGGAGGAUGGGGAAGACCCUGGUGUACCCCUUGCUCCACCAGGCCCUGAUGCCUUUUCUGGGGAGCCUUUCAACUUGCAUCGUUUCUACAAUCGCUCCUGCCACCGGCUGGAGGACAUGCUGCUCUACUGCUCCUAUCGAGGGGGCCCUUGUGGCCCCCACAACUUUUCCGUGGUCUUUACACGCUAUGGAAAAUGCUACACAUUCAAUUCGGGCCAGGAUGGGCGGCCACUACUCAAGACUAUGAAGGGUGGGACAGGCAACGGGCUAGAAAUAAUGCUGGAUAUCCAACAGGAUGAGUACCUGCCAGUCUGGGGGGAGACAGAUGAAACUUCCUUUGAGGCUGGGAUCAAGGUACAGAUCCACAGUCAGGAUGAGCCACCUUUUAUUGACCAGCUAGGCUUUGGCGUGGCUCCCGGGUUCCAGACCUUUGUGGCUUGCCAGGAACAACGGCUCAUCUAUCUGCCUCCACCCUGGGGUACUUGUAAAGCUGUUACCAUGGACUCAGAUUUCUUCGAUUCCUACAGUAUCACAGCCUGUCGCAUUGACUGUGAAACUCGUUAUCUAGUGGAGAAUUGCAACUGCCGCAUGGUGCACAUGCCAGGUGAUGCUCCAUACUGCACACCUGAGCAAUAUAAGGAGUGUGCAGACCCUGCUCUGGAUUUCUUGGUGGAGAAGGACCAGGAUUAUUGUGUGUGUGAUAUGCCCUGUAACCUGACUCGCUAUGGGAAGGAACUGUCCAUGGUCAAGAUUCCCAGCAAAGCCUCAGCCAAGUAUCUGGCCAAAAAGUUCAACAAGUCAGAGCAGUAUAUUGGAGAGAACAUCCUGGUGCUGGACAUCUUUUUUGAAGUCUUGAACUAUGAGACCAUUGAACAAAAAAAAGCCUAUGAGAUUGCAGGACUCCUGGGUGACAUUGGGGGUCAGAUGGGAUUGUUCAUUGGCGCAAGUAUCCUGACUGUUCUGGAGCUCUUCGACUAUGCUUAUGAGGUGAUUAAGCACAAGCUGUGCCGUCGGGGCAGGUGCCAGAAGGAGUCUAAAAGGAACAGUGCAGACAAGGGUGUAGCCCUCAGCCUGGAUGAUGUCAAGCGCCAUAAUCCCUGUGAGAGCCUCCGGGGCCAUCCUGCUGGGAUGACAUAUGCCGCCAACAUCCUACCUCACCAUCCGACCCGAGGGACUUUUGAGGACUUUACCUGCUGAGCCCUGCCAGUCAUCAUACCAAAGGCCUGGGAGGGAAGAGGAGAACAAGGAAAACAUGGGAAAUCAAGCUGCUCACCUGCCCUGGGGCUUACCAAUGCCCCUUUCCCCCAACUCCAAGGGCAGCUCCUAACUCCCUUCAAAGACUUUCCCUCCUAGAACUGGUAGAAGGGGGUCCUGAGUCCAGAGCUCUUCUCUACUCCC